GGUAGCAGUGGUGGAGACGGGGAGAAAGAGAGGAGGGCUGGAGGGAGGAGAGAGUGGAGGAAGGGUGGGGAGAAGGGGAGAGGAAGCGCGAAGAGGACUCGGAGGGACGCGAGGAGGCCGCCGCGGGCGCAGCGGGCACGUUGGCCGGGCCACCCCCGCGAGCCCGGCGCAGCCAUUCCGCUACUCGGGGCUCCGCCGCCGCCGCCACCGCGCCCGGGGGCCAUGGUCCCGCCGCCCCCGCGCCAGCCGCCGCCCCAGGCGCGCGCGGUCCGCGGGCCGGUGCGCCUGCAGAGGGCCUUCCUGCGCGGCCCGCUGGGCGUGCUGCGGCUGCUGCAGCUGCUGGCCGGCGCCGCCUUCUGGAUCACCAUCGCCACGAGCAGGUACCAGGGCCCCGUGCACUUCGCGCUCUUCGUGUCGGUGCUCUUCUGGCUGCUGACCCUGGGCCUCUACUUCCUCACGCUGCUGGGCAAGCACGAGCUGGUGCCCGUGCUGGGUUCGCGCUGGCUCGUGGUCAACGUGGCACACGACCUGCUGGCGGCAGCGCUCUACGGCGCCGCGACGGGCAUCAUGAUCGCCCAGACGCAGAGCCACAGCUACUGCAACCUCAAGGAUUACCAGAUGGCCUGCGCCUACCACGCCUUCUUGGCGGCCGCGGUCUGCGGCGGCCUCUGCCUCGGCCUCUACCUACUCUCGGCCCUCUACGGCUGCUGCCGCCGCUACCAAGGGGAGCAGGAGGUGGCGUGAGCCGCCGCGCCGCGGGGCGGGGACCCUCCCGAGACCGGCGCCCCCGUCCUUCCUGCCGCCGCCGCCCCGCACCCGUGCGCCCCGGCACCCACCCGUCGCCCCGCGCUCCCGCCCGCGCCCGGGCGCCCUGGCCGGCAGUUCCCGUCCGACCGCAGAGCCGCCGCCUGGAGUCUGGCCAGACGCGCCGCCUGCGCCGUUUCCUGGGAUCCCGGCAGGGCCGCAUCCGAACAGCGGGCCCCCACGCAUCCUGGCCGUCCGAGGCGAAACCUCGCGCUUCCUCGCCCCCUUCCGUGCCGAGAGCGAGACGUGGACAGGCGCCGCGUAGAUCCGGGGGAGGCUCCCAAUUGGAACCAGCCUUCUGGCUGCGCCACUGCCCCCUCCCUCCCGGCCCGCUGUCGGAAGAGCAUCCCCGUUCCCUGGCCCCUCUUCCAGCUUCGAGUGCUGUGAAGGGCAGGCUCGCAGCCGCGGACAGAGUCGAGGACAGGCCUCCACAGGUCUCAGGAUGAGCGAGGAGUUUCGUUUCAGCUCGGGAUUGUGCGCGCAUCCUGCGCGGUCCAGUGCUCUGACAUUGGGGUGGGGCGCGUCUGCAAAGGUGAGGAUGGAUCGGAAAGGCCCGCGGGCAGCACCUUUGCACGUUUGGAGUCUGCUCUCGCCUUUGCCUGUUCCGCCUUUGGCCUCGGGGUUCUUGGAGGCCAGGCCCAAACGCACACUAGUUUCCCUGGCCUCAGCUUCCCAGCGUUUCUCUCACGGGCUUCUGCUCCACCACCUCCACCUUCCAAUGUCUUUUUGCAUUAGGGAUCCUACAGGACCCUGAGGGAAUGACAUGGUGAGCCUCACCCCUUGCUCUUGGUAAAGCCAAAAUAAGAUUAGAACCCGGUUUCCAGUCUCCCAGCCCAGCACUGUUUACAUUAAAGCGGUGGGUGUUCCCAGGAACCCUGGCUCAGGAGCUACAGUCUAAAAGACGGUUUCAUUUUCAAAUGGGUUUGUCAUGGUGCUAUCUCUCGCCCACUUGAAGAUUCACGAUGCUCAUUAGCAUAUCAAAGGCUCUGAGAAGUCCCGCUAUAAAAGAAGCCCAGGUAAUUUAGUUUACAGUGUUAACUGCCUGUGGACCUGGAGCAAUUAGAUUUUGCCACCUAAGACUUCCAAGCAUCCCUGUGCUGUCUUGGCUGUCAUUCAUUCCCACCGUUUCCAGCCCAUUGGCUCUGAUGUGAUUGAAGAUCUGGGGUGCUCCUCCUUCCCAGGGUAUUUCUCUAGCAGAGGGAGGGCUUGCCUCAAUGAGGGAGAAGAUAGCUGUCCCUGCUAGGCACAUGAGAGACCUGGGAAUUGGCGGACCUGAACAUUCCUCUACAUUGUUUGGAAAAUGAAGUCAAGGUUAUCCAGAUGGUGUCCCUGUCAAAAAGAACAUUGCCUGUAAAAGAUGCUGGUGUGGACCUUGAGCCGCUGGCAGGAGUGGGACUCACUCACCGAAGAGAGGAGAAAGCUCUGAAGUUGGGGUGAACAGCUGGCCCAGCCUCCAUAAGGUUCCCAGAUGGUUGUGUAACUAUCACCACCAUCCACCUCCAGAACGUUUUUCACCUUGCAAGACCGAAACUCUGUCCCAUUCAAAUUGUGGCUGUUUUGUUGUUACUGUUGUUUUUUUCCUUCGGGAACUCCUAGAACACUGAGCCCUUUGCGGUCUCAUUUAGGCUGGAGUGCUGCUGCCUUCCUCCCGGUUUCCAUGUUUCUGAGGCCAUGGAGAUUCCCGUAGUGGUCAUGCCGACCUCUCCCAGGGCUCGCUUCCCUGGCAAGGGGCACCAUUCUGGGCUGGGCCAGCAGAGGGCUGCAGAGUGGCCAGCAGAAGGGAGAGUGGAUGACCUCUGCCCAACAGCUUCCCUUCAACAUUGUCCAAAGGAAGAUCCAAGACACAUGAAGAUUCAUUUUGCCUUAACACAAGAGAAAUUCCAAUUCUCCUUGUGCUGUGACUUGGUUCCAAGAUUCCAGACACCUGGAACUGAGCCGUGCACCUCUGUGCCCUAAACAGUGGGUUUAAGCUCCAGCUUUUGUUCCUUUUCUCUUUUUCCAGAUCACUGUUGAAGUUGCAUCCUCAGCUCAGAACCAGCGCCCUAAGGAUCUCUUCUGAGUCCCCCG